ACUUGGGCUGAGCAAUAUAUCGAUGUCAUAUCGUUAUCUAGAUAUGAACAUGAGCGAUACUCGUAUCUCAGAAGGCAACGAUAUGCACGAUAUCAAAUUUAGGUUUAGGGUUAAGUGUGUGUGUGUGUGUGUGUGUGUGUGUGUGUGUGUGUGUGUGUGUGUGUGUGUGUGUGUGUGUGUGUGUGUGUGUGUUGUGCAUACCGUGCAGCCCUUUUACAAACUACACAUCAUGAGGCAAAAAACAAAACAACAGAACAGAACAGAACAGAACAGAACAGAACAGAACAGAACAGAACAGAACAGAACAGAACAAAACAAAACAAAACAAUUUACAUUCCAAGUAUAUUUCUGGACAUUUUUACCUUGGCUUUACUAUUCAUAGCAAUGAAGAGUAGCAGAUAAUAAAAUUUGAACCCAAAUUCACAAGUAAUCAAAUCACACACACAGGGAUACAUCAAUGCAAGUCACUGGACAGGAGUGAGCAUGUAGCUCCGUUCCGGUGGGAUCCGUGUCGUGUUUUGCCUGAACACUGAUCCUGUCAACACGCCAUCGGACCACUGCGCCUCCUGCACCACCCCAGCCUCUGAGGCCCGUCUGGACCCAAUGCUCACAUUACCAGCCACCAAUACAAUCUACAGACAGCCCGAUAAAACCUCCAUUUACUUACAAAUGAGUUGUCGUGUUUCAGGCAGGUGUCACUAACUGAAGCAACCCGACCCAGCUCAGCCCAGCCCACCUAUCCACCAACCACACAAGCAGCCUGGCCUUUUGUUUAUCCAGCCAGCCAGUCAGGUAGAAGGUGAGCAGGGGCAGGGCCACCAAGGAGGGAGGAGUGAUGCCUGUGGAGGGCGGAAGCAGCAGCAGCUCUGCUUCGGCUGCCCGUCACCCCAAGCAGAAGCGCAAAGCCCACAGCCUGUCCAUACGGCGCACCAACAGCACCGAGGAGAGGCCACCCGGCGCCCUCAGAGGAGACAUGCUGGAGGGCCAGGACUCCAAGCUGCCUCUCUCCUUACGGAACAAUCUCCUCGACCUGUUUGGCCAGAUUGAACGCGAGUUCGAGAACCUCUACAUCGAGAACAUAGAAUUGCGUCGGGAAAUUGACUCCCUGAACGAGCGUCUGACAGGAGAUGGACAGACUAUUGAAGGAGGAGACCCCACCAAGGGAGCCCUGAAAACAAAAGCCAGCCACAGCACCAGUCAGCUCUCCCAGAAGCUGAAGACGACGUACAAAGCCUCUACCAGCAAGAUUGUGUCUAGUUUCAAAGCCACCACAGGGUCCCGGGCGUUGUGCCAGCUGCUGAAGGAGUAUGUGGGCCACCGGGACGGGAUCUGGGACCUCAGCGUCACCCGGACUCAGCCAGUGGUCCUGGGCACCGCCUCCGCAGACCACUCAGCCCUGCUGUGGAGUAUAGAGACGGGCAAAUGUCUGCUGAGGUACGCCGGCCACGCAGGAUCAGUCAACUCUAUCAAGUUCCACCCCACUGAGCAGAUGGCCCUCACCGCCUCUGGGGACCAGACAGCUCACAUCUGGCGCUACAUGGUGCAGCUCCCCGCCCCCCAGCCCACACCAGAUGUCAGUGCUCCAUGUGACGAUGACCAGGACUCAUCAGACAGGGAGGAGGGAGAGGUGGACGGAGAGGGGCCAUGCGAGGUGCCCACUGUCAGGGUCGCCACGGCAACGCUGAAGAGUCACCAGGGUGUAGUGAUCGCGGCAGAUUGGUUGGUGGGAGGCCGGCAGGUGGUGACGGCUUCCUGGGAUCGUGCCGCCAACCUGUACGAGGUGGAGACAUCUGAACUGGUUCACACACUCACCGGCCAUGAUCAGGAGCUGACCCACUGCUGCACCCACCCCACCCAGCGACUGGUGGUCACCUCGUCCAGAGACACCACCUUCAGACUGUGGGACUUCAGAGACCCGUCCAUCCACUCUGUCAACGUCUUUCAGGGACACACUGACACGGUGACGUCAGCGGUGUUCACGGUGGGCGACAACGUGGUUUCGGGGAGUGAUGACCGCACCGUCAAGGUGUGGGAUUUGAAGAACAUGAGGUCACCCAUAGCGACCAUCCGCACCGACUCGGCUGUCAACAGGAUCAGCGUGUCUGCCAACCAGAGGAUCAUCGCUCUGCCGCACGACAAUCGACAAGUCAGGCUGUUCGACAUGAGUGGAGUGAGGCUGGCCAGACUGCCACGCAGCAACAGAAUGGGCCAUAGGCGUAUGGUGUGCUGCUCAGCGUGGAACGAAGAGAACCAGUCGUGCAACCUGUUCACCUGCGGCUUUGACCGACAGGCCAUCGGCUGGAACAUCAACAUCCCCGCCCUGCUGCAGGAAAAAUGAUGCCACUGACACACACACGCACACACACAUGCACACACACACACACGCACACACACACACACAAAGAAUGGCAAGCAAACAGGACGCACAUAGCGAAACAGUGGACACUCCCCAUGUAAAUACAGUCCAUGCAGACACUGUACUCUGUGGCCUCGUACCUGCUAGUGCAUUUUAAGUGUUUUUCUUUUAGAGUUUGGAUGUUUUCCGCACCUUUCCAGUGGCUGACCGCGUUCAUAGAAAACCAUCUGAAGAAUAAUUAACAGUGCGACUGAGGGUGCAACUAUUAGCAGCGCUGAUCGACUCAGUUCUUUCAGAGCCCGGCAUUUGCUUUCCGGGCAGGGCUAACAUUUCAAAACCCAUAUUCUUGGAGCAGCUAAAAAACCCUGCAGUGGUUUUUGAAGUGUUUUCCAAAAAGCAGAUUCCGCUGUUUGUUUGCUCCUCAACCCCUUGGAUGUGCAGAUUUGUCUGCAAUAAGUUACUGAAACGCUUUUAUCGCGCACAUUUACCAGAUGUUCUGUUUUUGACCCUCUCACUUUAUGAGCUUGGAUCGCAGAGGCGGGGAUGAGGCGUCUGGUCCUUGCUUUCUGUCGUUGAAAAAGUCUGUUUGACUGUGAAGUCAUCGGCUGCUGUUCGUGUGUAGUUACUGCUGAAUGGCUGCUCUUGCAUGUAGAUAAACUGGGUUUGUGAAUGUUUCUCGUAAAGUUGUGAGAGAACAAUAGUCGAGGCGAGUAUGAGCUAUAGAACUUCUGCAUAAUUAUCUUGUGGCCUCAUAUAAGUGACCUGUCGGAUGCUAGUUAAUGGAUGUUGCAGCCUUGCGGUUUUCCGCCUCCUUACGGUGGAGCUUAGCAAAGACGAGGUGGAUCUGUGACAUUUUUUUUUGAUCCGUUUGGUCCUCACCAAGAGUGCAAAACAUAUCAAUGACAGGCCUGCAAAAGGACCUGCGCAGGCCGGUUGCCUCGCCACUACCAUUCAGUUGUCUUAAAUGUUACUUCAUGCAGGAUCUGCAUUUCAAAGAUCAAGUCCUAGCCUAUCACCUUUUGAUCCUUUUAAAGUUACAGCCAGACUCCUUUGUUUUUUUUUUUGGGAGGGGGGGGGGGUUUCAAACCCGUGAUACUGUACUUCUGCCUUGUUCCAUGUUUACAGUCAACCUUCAUUACUGUUUUUGACAAAGUAUUACUGUAUCGUGUCAUUCAACAACAUCGCAAUAAGGGGAGUCUAUAAAUGUGAUGCACUCAACAUAAUCAUGAUGUUCUCUGUAUGUUGCUGUGUUGAGAUGUCACUAUUUUUAGCCAUAUUCUCCCCCCCAUAUUUCCUUGGUGUCAGUGAAAAUCCAGAUCCAGCUCCUCCAGCCUGUUGCCAACUCAACUCUGUGUUGCUGUAGUGUGUCAUCAUAAAGUGAAUUUAUAUCAUGAUGAUGUGCUUUUGGUUACUGGCUAUUUCUGUGCUUCAAUAAGAGCCUGUUGAUAUUGAGUUUGACUUAUAGAGUUUAACUAGAGCCUUGUGUGACCUCUUGCACCUCCGUGGUCGAUAGUGCUUUCCUGUUGAUGAAAAGUGCUCUUUAUCCAGACACUGAAGCAAUAACGCAGCCGCUCUAGAACCGCAAGUGUUGCCGGUCCGCAGAAUGACGCCCGUUUCUCACUCAGAAAUGAGCCAACAUGACUUGAAAUACACACAGACUCCUGGUUUGAGGAUUGUACAGUUAACCUUUGUCUAGAGCUCGGCUCGACCGGAUUCCAGGAAACUCUUUUAUUUGUUAAAGUUGUGCAAUAUCACGAACAUGAAGUCAUGCUGUAGUUUUUGAUCUCCAGAUGUUUAAUAACUUAUUUCAGUGCUGUAAAAUCCCAUAGUAAUGAUUUUAUGUCAUUUUUGUGAUUGGUGGCGAUGCUGUGUAGAUGUAACUGGUGUACAUAGAUAUAUAUUGUAUAUUCCUUUCCUAAAAGUAUGCUUCAAACACACUUUACUGCUAUUUCUGCCAAGAAUAGAUUCAGGACAGAUUUGAAGUAGCAUGCAACCUAAAAAGUGAAUAAUCUUAUUGAAAUGCCUUACCAUUUGCAUUGAAACGUGUGCAUUAGCCUUGCCUAUCCAUCUGAGCGUCAGUGCACUUUUCCAGAUGCAUGUUAAAUAACCGGCUGUGUUCCACUGCAGAGACCUGAUAUGAUUUUUAUUGCAGCUUUAUUCAGGGAGCUCAGUCUUUCACCCACUGGAAUCAAUAUCACUUUUAAUCUGCAGGUAGAAAGGCACCCCACAUACAAAUUAUAACUUAGAGGAAAUAUGAUUUUGGAUAGCUACUUUGAAUUAUUACGUGCCAGACUUAAGAAAAAAAAAAAAAAAAAAGGUGUGGAUAGGCUUCGCUCCAUUGUAGUGAAACAUAUUCACCUCAAACCUCAUUAUUUGAUCUACUUUGCAUACUUCAGUGUGGCUGGUACGUCCUUUCUGACACUGUCCAAUAAAAUGUGUGAUUUCCUUU